AUGGAGCAGUCCCCUGCAAUGCGUUCUGACUACCUGGUCUCAGGGAUUCGAACUCCACCAGUGAGGAGGAACAGCAAACUGGCAACAUUGGGCAGGAUCUUCAAACCAUGGAAAUGGCGGAAAAAGAAAAACGAGAAGCUAAAGCAGACAUCUGCAGUGCUGGAGAAGAAGAUGACAGCACGACAAGGUCGGGAUGAACUCAUUAAGAAAGGCCUUCUGGAGAUGAUGGAACAAGAUACUGAAGGCAAAGUCUGCACUGGUGACGAUGCCACGAAAGCAAUGAAGAGUGACCCUCCAGCUCCUGCGUGCCAGGCACUUGCCUCAGAAGAGGUGCAGCAAGAGAGUGCGACAGCAGCCAUGACAACUGUGAUCUCGCUUGGUGAGGAGCUGCAUUUGGAUGAGCUGAAAGAAGAUGCAGCCAAGAAACCUUCAGCACCCACGGAAGAAUUAGAAGAUGCCAGCUUGCCAGCAUCUGAAGACAGUCCACAAGCCUUACUUGCAUCUGAAUCCACAGAUUCCCCCCAGAAACAGACAGAAAGAAACCCAGCACAGCUUCCCAGCCCUCCACUGCUCCCAGCUCCACCACCUAAGGCAAUCUCCAAAAUCACAAAGAGCGUAACAG